UAUAUAUAGCCACACACGUCCUUGUCUAGUCCACUACACUACACUGCAAUACGGCAAUGGCAAUGGCGACCAUCCCGGAGGUGCCUGCGAGCGCGCUGCUCCCGACCAUGCCGCGCAUCGGCAUGGGCACGGCGGCGUUCCCCUUCACCUCCUCCGAGGAAACCACGGCGGCGCUGCUCCGCGCCAUCGAGCUCGGCUACCGCCACUUCGACACGGCGAGGCUGUACGCGACGGAGGGCUGCGUCAGCGAGGCCGUCGCGGAGGCCGUCCGGCGCGGCCUCGUCGCCUCCCGCGCCGACGUGUUCGUCACCUCCAAGCUCUGGUGCAGCGACCUGCACGCCGGCCGCGUCGUGCCGGCGGCGAGGGAGACGCUCCGCAACCUCGGAAUGGACUACGUCGACCUGCUCCUCGUCCACUGGCCGGCGACCGUGGCGCCGGGCAGCUACGACUUCCCGUUCCCCAAGGAGGAGAUGGCGCCGGCGUUCGACAUGGAGGGCGUGUGGCGCGGCAUGGAGGAGUGCCACCGGCUGGGCCUCGCGCGCGCCAUCGGCGUCAGUAACUUCUCCGCCAAGAAGCUGGAGCAGCUGCUGUCGUUCGCCGUGGUUCGGCCGGCGGCGAACCAGGUGGAGAUGAACCCGAUGUGGCAGCAGAGGACGCUGCGGGAGGUGUGCCGGCGAGAGGGGGUGCAGCUGUGCGGGUACUCGCCGCUGGGGGCGAAGGGCACGCCGUGGGGCAGCGCCGCGGUGAUGGACUCCGGCGUCCUGCACGACAUCGCCCAAACCAAGGGCAAGACGCUUGCUCAGAUUUGUUUGAGGUGGAUGUACGAGCAGGGUGAUGUUUUGUUAGUGAAGACAUACAAUGAAAAUAGGAUGAAGGAGAAUCUUGAUAUUUUCGACUGGGAGCUCACUGAGGAAGAGAGAGACAAAAUCAGCAAACUCCCCCAGCAGAGGGGUCUGACUGGAAUGCAGUUCGUCUGUGACAAUGGGCCUUACAAGUGCGUCGAAGAUUUGUGGGAUGGUGCUUAACAUGUCGCAGGCUGGCCCUAUGCACCAAUAAUCUGGAUGGAUCAUGCUUGCUGGGGAUCUAGCAAAAUAAUUUGUAAUUCAAUUUUAAUCUUCUGUCUUCUCGCAAAAUAAUUGUGUGAAAUGGAGCGCCAGAUGUGCUCAAUUGUUAUCUUUCUUCUAUUCGUAAUCGAUAAAUAUGGUAUUUUCCAAAAUAAUAUUGAAAUUUCGAGAUAUUGAUACCGAACAUGAAUACUUUUUUA